GGAGGGAUAUACACAUACAUACACACUCACACUCACACACUCACACACACUCACUCAUUCACUAUUCCAGCCGGAUACCACUCUACAGAGCUGGAGACUUUCUCAGAGAAGGCGGAGGUUGGCAACAGCAGCAACCAGAGGCUGUCCGCCGCAGAGAAUGAGGCCCUCAGCCAGCAGCACCACAGCAGCAGCGCAGACGACAGCGACCACUCGGACCCUUGGUCCCCGCGCACCCUGCCCAGACGCUACACAGUAGGGGGGCCCCGCAGCGCCGGGGACGUGCUGACCAUGCAGCCGCACCAUAUGGACCGCAAGCGAGAGGCCUUCCUGGAGCACCUGAAGCAGAAGUACCCCCAUCACGCCUCCACCAUCAUGGGCCACCAGGACAGAAUCAGGGACCAGAUCAGACUCCCUAAGCACAGCGCGAGCCCCCAGCCCGGCUCAGGGGACCCGGGGGAGCCGUUGUCAGUGGCCUCGCUGGAGUCUCUGGAGGCCAUGUCUGAAGGAGGAGAUCCACCCAGUGCCUUCACACGAGGCACCCGCUCCAGGGCCAGCCUGCCUGUGGUGCGCUCAGCCAACCAGACCAAGGACAGGUCACUGGGUGUUCUGUACCUGCAGUAUGGCGAGGACACCAAGCAGAUCCGGAUGCCAAACGAGAUCACCGGGGCGGACACCAUCCGGGCCCUGUUUGUCAGUGCCUUUCCCCAGCUGCUCACCAUGAAGAUGCUGGAGUCCCCCAGCGUGGCCGUCUACAUCAAGGACGACAUGAGGAACGUCUACUAUGAGCUUACUGACGUCAGGAACAUCACACCUCACUCGUGUCUGAAGGUCUACCACAAAGACCCCGCCCAGGCCUUCAACCACAACUCCAAGCCCAACAACGGGGAUGUGAGGGUCCAUCGGGAGAAGAUGUACGUGAGCAGGGACGGUCAGCACAGCCUGCGGCAGGCCCCCGGCAGCCCCAUCAGCAGCCUCCACGCCCUGCAGGGCUCCAUGUCGCCCCCCACCGCCCGCUCCAUGCCCUCCUCGCCCUCCCGCAUCCCGUACGGGCCGCGCCCCUCCCUGCCCCUGGCCGGCAGCGCCACGCUCCCCCGCGAGCGCCUGGCCAGCGCGCCUCUGCCCAGCAGCAGCAGCAGCCGCUCGGUCACGCCCUGCCCCAGCGCCAGCGCCAUCCUGGAGCGCCGCGACGUCAAGCCCGACGAGGACCUGGGCAGCGGCGGGAGCAAGAGCGUGGCGCUGUACGACCCGUACGGGAUGCCCGAGGGCCGGCUGAGCGUGUCGUCGUCGCAGGGCGGCCCCGGGGACGCGGUGGACGGAGCCCAGCCGCCGCUGCCGCUGCCGCCGACGCAGCACUCGCUCUACCGGCAGAAGUCGCGCAAGUACGCCGAGAACCCCAUGGCGACGCUCGGGGGCAAGGCGCAGCAGCCGCCGUCCCCGCACCGGGUCAACGAGGUCAGGAUGAUCGACAUGCCGCCGCAGGGCGUGCCGGUGGAGCGGGGCUCGUCCAUGCGCCGCUCCUUCCGGAAGGACAGCAGCAACGGCGCCAUGGAGGUGGUGGCCAGCGUGCACGGCAGCAUGGUCUCCCCCGUGUUCGUGGACCUGCCCCCGGGCCACGGCACCAGGCCCUUCCAGCCCGGCGUGCCCCCCGGCACCCACCACACCAGUGAGCGGAUGAAGGCCAUGGAGCAGCAGAUAGCCAGUCUGACAGGGCUUGUCCAACAUGCACUUUUAAAGGGGCCAAAUACUAGUGCCACCAAAGACACUACUGGAGAGAAACCUGGGAGAACAGCAUCUCCUGCUAACAGUGUUAACAGUGGAGGAGUGUCACCUGUUCCCGUGCCCAAGAACCGCGCGGCCCAGCCGGACGCCAUGGCCGUGGUGCUCCACUCCUCAGCCAAAGACACGGAGAUGCAGUCCAUGCUGAGCACCUUCAGGAGGAACGUGUCCGACCUCCGCCUGCAGCUCCACCAGCUCAAGCAGAUGCAGCUCCAGAACCAGGACUCGAUGAAGGUGAUGCUUCGGCGGGCCGAGCAGGAGAUCACCGGCCGGUUCACGGACAUGCUGAGGCACCUGGAGGAUCCGGUGCAGAAACAGCGCUCGCAGGUGGACCAGGAGCGGCACACGUACCUGGCCAUGGAGGAGAAGGUGCUCAUCCAGCUGGGGGAGCUGGAGAAGUACGUGGAGAGGCUGAAGAAAGACUCCGCCUCCAGGAUGACCCAGCGGCCAAUCACGCUGAAGGAUGUGGAGGAGGGUGCGGUCAACUUGAGGAAAGUGGGGGAGGCCUUGGCUGGACUCAAAGGCGAGUUCCCGGGGCUGCAGACCAAGAUGCGCUCGGUGCUGAGGGUGGAGGUGGAGGCCGUGCGCUUCCUCAAGGAGGAGCCGCACAAGAUGGACAGCAUGCUGAAGAGAGUCAAGGCCCUGACGGAGACCCUCAGCUGCCUCAGGAGAUGUGCCACCGAGGGUGUCCUACCCUCUCCAGAGCCCACCAGGGCGGCGGCGGCGAGCGAGGCGUCUCCGGUGCCCGACGGCUCCGACUCCUCGGGCUCUUCGCGGAGCUCCCCGACCCUGGGGCCGCGGUCGCCGGCCGGCACCGCCAUCCGCUCGGAGCUGACGCCCUCCUCGCCGGUGGUGGUGCACCGGGUGCGCAGCGCGCCCGUGGCCGCGCCCGUCUGCCAGCACUCGGCCAGCCUCGGCCACGGGCACCACGCCAGCCCGCCGCUCACCCCGACGCACGCCCGCGACUCCCCCACCGUGGCCAAGGUGAGCCCGCGCAGCCGCGAGAGCAGCCCCGCGCUGCAGAAGAGGACCGCGCUGCCCAGGGCCGGCGCCCAGGGCGGGCACGAGGACCCCCCCGGCUCGGGCACCACCAGCGGCUCGGACACGCCGCCCCCCCUCGGCACCGAGGAGCCCGCCGGCGUCGGCAGCAGCAGCGGCAGCAGCAGCAGCAGGGGCAGCCCGAGACACAGAGGCGCCAGCGCCGAGCCACCGGGCACAGAGGAGGUGGAGAAGGAAGAGGUGGAGGAGGAGGAGGAAGAGGAGGAGGAGGAGGAAGAGCCGCAGGCUGGACCCAGUCCAGCGCAGCCUGAUGGGGCAGAGAUGGAGAGGCUCCUCCAGCAGACCCAGGACAGCCUGAUGCAGGCCAUCCCCAGCCUAGAGGUGCCUGCCCGGGGGGAGACGCCAGCGGAGCCCCAGCCAGAGGAGGUGGAGGCCCCCUUACCCGCAGCCUCUGCUCCUGAGCUGCUGCCAAAACCCGUAGCUGACAAACCAGUCGCAGCGGUCGGCUCGGCGGAGCGAUCACAGAGGCCGGCCAUCGAGAAGCCCCACAGGCCCAGCGUGGACCGGGCGAGGGCCGGCUCCGCCGAGAAGGCCAGCAAGUCUCCGCCCCCUCCCCCGCCCCGCCGCUUCUUCCCCAGCGGAUCAGGGCUCACCACCGGGAGGUCAGGAGAGGUCAUCUACACCUCGCACAACAGGAAGGACUCGGCCUCCGCUCAGGAGGGCGAGGGGGAGGAGGUGGAGGAGGAGCCCGCCCAGCCCAAAGCACUGAAGGUGCCCCCAGAGAUCAAGCCCAAGCCCCAGAGUCCCCCGCCCACGGGGGCCGGCGCCUCCCCGGUCACUCCUCGGGUAGCCGCCAGCGCCACGGCCUCCUUGGCCGACGGCGACGAGGAGGACGAGGGAGAUAAGAUCAUGGCCGAGCUGCAGGUGUUUGAGAGGUGCACCGUUAAAGAGUUAGAGGCAAAAUGUUUUGUUGAACUCUCAAAUGUUGAGCCGGAGGUGCUGGACCCAGAAUCCCCAGCCCCCCACACACCCAGAGACACAAAGCAGACCCCGGGUCACCAGGGUGAAGCGACAAACCAAACUAAGGAUGGAAAGGAUUCCACUCCGCAAGGUUCCAGGGUGAUAUAUUACGUCACUGGACAGAUGUCCAAUGAGCGUCCUGCAGCAGACACAGCAGAACAAAAGGAGGGCAGGGAGCGAACCCUUCCCCAAACCAAGGUGGCACAUGCGAAUGCUUUUGACCUUUCCCAGAAGCCAAAGUUAUUAACAUCAGCUGAAUUCCCCACAGUUUCCCAUAAAGCAGCAGGCCAAGGCCCAAGCGGGCAGCCAUCCACACAGCACCCGGAGAGAAGCCCUAAUCCAGAACCUGUGCUCUCACAGGCUGCCCAAAAGAGGAACGCUGUGCCUGCCAAACACAGUGCUGUUCCUGAGAAGCCAGUGAAUGGCCUUCCGGGUGGACAGGCCACCAAGCCAGCAAACGGGGAGAGCCCGAUCAAUGAGGAGGUGGUGAUGAGGUCUAAUAGGGGCCGCUCGAGGUACGCGGAGGAGUCCGGAUUGAGCCCGGACCUCCCAGACGAGGAGGGCCCCCCUCCCCCGUCCACCGACAGCAUUGCCUUCAUGAUCACCCAGACCAAGGUGCAGGCACUGUCCAGUGGCGAGUACAAGGAUCUGGUGAACACCACCAAUGGCGGCGACAUGCAGACGGUCAAAGUAGGUAUGGACCAGUCGGUGUACGCGCCCGAGGACUGCGGCUUUGACCGCAAGCCCGUCAUCAUCAUCUUCGACGAGCCCAUGGAGAUCCGGCAGGCGUACAAGCGGCUGUCGACCAUCUUCGAGGGCGAGGAGGAGCUGGACCGGAUGCUGUCAGGGGACAGGAUCGAUGAGGAGAGCGAGGAGGAGGAGGAGGAGCGGCAGCAGGAGGAGUUGGAGAGGAGAGCCAGGAGAGAGAUCAAGGCAAGAGAGGUAACUGUUGCAACUGGUAUAAGUUUGGCCAGAACAGACCAGGCUCAACCGAAGCCAAAUAUUCGCAGGCCUGCUGCUGCUAUCGAGGUCAAUAAGCCCCUGAGCCCGACGGAGCCUUUGUCUCCCGAGGCCGUCGACGGCUCUAUACCCGAGCCCUCUCUGAACGACCCGAAGCAAGACGCCAAGAAGAAGUUCAAGUUCAAGUUCCCCAAGAAGCAGCUGGCCGCCAUUGGGCAGGCGCUGCGCACGGGGACCAAGACGGGCAAGAAGACCCUGCAGGUGGUCGUCUACGAGGAUGAGGAGGAGACGGACGGCACCAGCAAGGAGCUGAAGGUGGCCAAGCGGUUUGAGAUCCAAGGUAAAUCCAAGGCCAACAACCAGACCUCCUCUUUGACACCGCCGGCUGUUCCGCCAAAAGCCAAAGUGGCGCCUAAGACCCAGAGACGGACAGAGGAGAUCCGUAAGAACACCUUCAAGACCCUUGACAGCCUGGAGGAGACCAUCAAGGAGCUAGAGACCACCAUCAGUGACCUGGGGCCCAAGUCCGAAACCCCGCCCGAGGAGCCCCCCUCCCCGCGGGGAGGCUCCAAGGUGAAGCGGUCCGUGUCCGACUGCUCUCAGACGGAGGGAAGUCCCUCCAAGCGCACCCCGCCUCAGGAGUCCUCCAAGGCCCAGAAGGUGCCUUCUCUGCGAAAGAAGGCCAAGCCUCACCUCCUGCCCCGGCCGUCGGCCACCUCCGCCUCUGGCCCUUCCUCCUCAUCUGGGGCCUCAUCUUCCUCCUCCUCCAGCAGCAACGCCAGCAGUAAACAGAACAGCGGCGGUUCGUCCUCCACGUCUAGACCCACGCUGCCUUCGCCCAAGACCCGACAGCAGCCUGGCGCGAGCGCGGAGAAAGCCGGGAAAUCGCAAAAGCUCCAAGAUACCCAGAGGCAGUUCAGACAGGCUAACGGGAGUUCUGUGAAAACUGAUGGGGAUAGUAAACAUGCUUUCCUUGCUUUACCUGCUUCUAAGAUCCCAGCCUUUUGUCCUAGCUCUGGAAAAGGUAGCUUGUCUUCUCCUAACUCAAACAUGUCUAAGCCUACUAAUCCAUUAUCCGCCUCUUCCUCCUCCUCCUCCCCUCCUCCUCCGCCCUCUCCUCCACCCCCAUCUCCCCCUCCAAGUCCGCCAUUCCGUGUCUAAGUCUUGGCCGGCACAUUCGCACCUCAGCCCACGCCCUCCCUCGCCCCGUCCCUUCCAACGACUCCCUCCAGCUCCACGGGGCCAAAGGCCAGACCCUUUCUUUCCUGCAGCAGCAGCAGCAGACUCAAAAUGGCCGCCCCCACACCUCCCCUUCCCAUCACCCCGUCAGCAUCCCUACCACCUCGUCCUCUGGCAUUAACUACUCCUCCUCUUCCUCCUCCUCUUACUCUUAUUCCUCCUCUUCCUCCGUGUCCCCUACCUCCACCUCCUCCUCCUCCUCGCCCUCUUCCCCCUCCCUCCUCUCCCCCACGGCCGUGGCUCAGGGUGGCAGGGGAGGCCGGGCAGCCCACCUCCACGGCAUCGGCAGCGUUCGGCCACAGGGGGGCAGCGGUGGUCCGCCCGCCGUCACACCAACAUCAUCCUCCAGGGACAUGGCAUGACCUCCAUGUUCUGUUUUUUUUAUGUUCGUUUUUUUUGUAUGUGUCAUUUUUUGACUUCUGUUUCUUCUCCUCCUCCUUCAUCGUAUGUUGUUUUAUAGUGUUGUCUGUAUGUUCAUGUUCUGAACGUCAGUUGAAUCUGUUUAUGGGUGUAAAUUGCCUGCAAGGCUGCUUGAUGUGUGAUGAGAUAAGAGUGUAACCUAGAGAAAAGUCAGCCUUUUGCCCUGUGCGUCUAUACAAGUAUUGAUGAGUUUAGUCACUGUAUUCACAAGAUAAUUUAAUUCUUGGCUUACAUUACAUGCAAGAGAGAGGAAAAUAUGUAACCCAUUAGAUUUAGAGCUAGACAGUCAGUGCUUUGGAAGAUGUUUAUUUUUUAUUUAUGUAAAAGGUUAGCAGUUUUAAUGGAUGGUAUUGAGAAUAUAUUUUAUAUAAAUAUGUUUGGGAAUGAAUAGAUCAUGUUGAAAUAGAAUCACUACAAAAAAUGUACAAAAUAUUUUUGAAAUUUGAAAAAAAGACUUCAAUACUGCAGUAUAUUUUCACCUACUUUGGCUUAAAAGUGGCCAUAGACAUCUAUCUAUAGCAAUGCUUUGACACUCAUAUAAAGUUUGAAUUGAUUUUGAAAGGGAGCUGAAACGGCAGCAUUUAUUUGUAGAAGGCAUCGCGCAGGUUCCUAUGCACUGCCAAAUGAUUUCUCUGACCAGUAUAGACCAAUGUGGAACCUGUCCUCCUCAGUAUGUGUCUGUGCCAACAUACCAAAGCACUUGGGUGUUCAUUUUACACUGACAGACAAUGCUGUGCAUCAGAGCCACUGUGUGAUUAUGACUGUGACAGGGCACUGUCACACAAAGCUGUCUCUCUCAUUGUGCAGUAGUAGAGACUCACUGGUUUUGAUACCACAGUAUGUGAUCAUGAGCAACAUGCAAAAUGUUUAGAAGAAAAAAAAAAGAGAGAUUUUGGUUGAUUUGGCCAAAGUUUACUUCAAUGCAUGCCUUUCAGAUGUUUGAGAUUAAAUUUGUGUUUGCACAAAAUACUGUAAAUAGUUGAUUUCUUUCUCUUUUAAUUUUAUAAGCUUGUAUAACCUGUACAAAGCUCUGUGGAAGAAAAUGUGUGUGAAGGUGUCUGACCUAAUAAAGGGCUGCCUGCUUGUAGUACAGAUUGAAUCUGUUUGGA